AUGGUAAAACUUCGUUUGAAACGAUGUGGUAGAAAGCAACGAGCCGUCUAUCGAAUCGUUGCAAUUGAUGCUCGAUCCCGAAGAGAAGGAAGAGAUCUUCGGAAAGUGGGUUUUUAUGAUCCGAUAAAGAAUCAAACUUAUUCAAAUGUUCCUGCUAUUCUAUAUUUCCUUGAAAAAGGAGCUCAACCUACAGGAACUGUUCAUGAUAUUUCAAAGAAAGCGGAGGUUUUUACGGAACUUCGUCUUAAUCAAACGAAAUUCAAAUUCAAUCAAUGA